AUGGAUAACCCUCCUGUGUCCUCCGGGGGUUGCUUGCCUCGGAGUUACAACCCCCUCCUGACGCUGCGUGAAACGGAGCUGGCUGUACAGUGUCUGAAGAGCGAAUUUAUGAAACUGCUUUCAAAAAAACUUUCUCUUCUUCCCGUGGUUGCUCCUCGGUUCGUUGCGGGGCACUCUGGCCUGCAAGAUUGUCUUGACGGUGUUAUGCAGCCGGUAGCCUUCACUGCCGCGGCUUUGCCAGGCAGGCCCAUUCAAGUUGUACACAGUUUGGCUAAGUGGAAGCGCAAAGCUCUUGAAACAUACGAUAUACAGGCUCACGAGGGGGUCAUUACCGACAUGGUUGCCAUAAGAAAAGAUGAAGUCCUCGACCCGAUCCACUCACUUCUGGUAGACCAGUGGGACUGGGAGCAGAAGUUAAACAAAGAAGAUCGAAACACGGAAUAUCUAACAGCCACCGUCAAAAAGAUCUACGAAGCCCUCCUGGAGAUGGAGCAACUGCUGUGCCAGCGUUUCCCAAAGCUGACUCCGUGCCUUCCUCCCAGCAUUACCUUUUUGCACUCGCAGGAGUUGGCGGACCGGUGGCCUGAUCUCCCUCCUGCCCUUCGUGAGCAAAAAGCUGUCGAAGAGUACGGGGCCAUUUUCGUCAGGGGCAUUGGCGCUGCGCUUUCGGACGGCGCCCCGCAUGGCGUCCGGGCGUGGGACUACGAUGACUACACAACGGUGGCUACAGAUGGGAGGCAAGGACUCAACGGCGAUAUUGUAGUGCUUGACCCAACGAGUGGCAAGGCUCUGGAGCUUAGCAGCAUGGGAAUUCGCGUUGAUGCGGAGGCAAUGCUCCGGCAAGCAAAAGCUGCCGGUGUUUCUAAGGACGCCUUGGAAUCGCCGUUUCACCAGCAAGUUCUAGAGGGGGCAUUGCCUCCUUGCAUUGGAGGAGGCAUCGGCCAAUCAAGAGUUGCGAUGCUGCUUCUGAGGAAGAUGCAUAUUGGGGAGGUCCAGUGUUCUGUGUGGCCAGAACAAAUGGUAGAGGAAUACCGGCAGGCAGGAAUAACACUUCUUUAA